GCCUUGGCAUUUCUGGAACCGAGUUAGGACAUAUGCGACAUUCAUACAGAAAUAGGAUUUAAAAAUAACGUUACCGUACCAGAUGUUAAAACUGCAUACAAUUAUGGAGACAACCAGCGCCACUGUGUUCAAACUUUUUAAUUUCACUACCUGUGCAGGUAUUUUUCAGACUCUGAAUGGACACUGUGUCUUCCUGCACGAUGCAGCCAUCAAUUCGUUUUCGUGUUUUCUAGGGAUGUAUAUAAUUCUUACAAACAGUUGGGUUUUCUGGAUUUUGUUCACGCGGCCAGAAGACGAUGAUACCUCUUUAUCCAUAAUACUGAAUCUGGCACUCGCUGACACUUUCACCGGGUGGAUGGUGAUUUAUGACGCUGUCUAUAACAUACUACAGUUCACCCUGUACGUGGAAUGCAUUCUCAGAAUCGGGAUGUUUGUCUGCUGCAGCUUAGCAUCUCGUUUCAUUGUCAUGCUGUUGACUUUUGAAAGACUGAUCAAAAUCAGCAAUACAUACACAUACCGAAAGUAUAUCAACAUCACGCGCGCCAAGGUCAGCCUCGUUAUGGUCUGGAUCUUGUCAACGUUAGUUGGCUUGUUACCAUUUUUCGGAUGGAGUUCUAUGAAUAUUCUUCAUUUAUGUAGUUUUAUUCGAACGAUGUCCGACUCUUACCUGGCAUUCAUCCUCAUCCUCCACGUCACUCCGUUCUUCUUCACGCUCUACGCUUACAUCAGGAUGGUUGCCGUGGUUCGUCGUCACGCGUCCGCCAUUGAACAAGUUUGGAGAGGAGCUGGGAACAGAAGGAGCUGCACGACUCGAGCUGUCAUUACCACUGUUAUAGUGGUCGGUGUGUACUUCGUAUGUUGGGCACCGAUGGGUUGUUUCUCAGUGGUGGUGAUGACGAACAGGACCGACAUGCAGGAAUCGGGAGACUGGUCAGAACACGCUGUGUUUACAUACCUUCUAGUGUUGGGUGUCACCAACAGCGCCCUCAAUCCGCUGAUUUACGCCUACAAGUUGGACAUUGUCCGAAGGAGGUUUCGGGUGUCUUUGAUCUACAGGUGUCUGAAACCUUGUCACGAACUUCCAAGACAUUAGAUGUACACUAUUCACACUUGCUACAUAUUACUACCAGAUGUUUUACAGUGACCGGCAAGAGUAUUAUAGUUGAACAACUCCCGUCCUUAAAUGUGUACAGCGUUUCCACAACUGAUUAUAGUGGUAUAUAUGAGAGGACUCUAGCCUCCUUUUUAAUUCUAUUACUGUACACUGUUUAAUGUUCAUGAAAAUUCAGCAGAACAGGAUUUUGUUAGGAUGGAUGCAUGACUAGCAUAUUUUACAUGUACAGUGUUUAAAUAUAAUUUACAGAUAUUAUCGUAAAGGGAUCAUAAUGAUUUUCUAUAUGAUAAACGUUUAAAUGUUAAAAUGGAAUAAUUCAAAUUAAGUUUGUGAGAUGUGAAAUACAAUGUACAUUUUGUA